CACAAACACACACACACACACACACUGACUGGUUUAUGGAUGAAGGAAAAUCAUUACAUGUGUGUUUUUCCGCUAAUAUAAGGAGUCAGGGAUCAUGCCCAACUACUGUUUAUUAACUGUUUAUUAACUACUGUUAAAAGCUACAAUGAAUCGCUGGACUAAACUUCUUAGCUUGCAUCGCACACAAAAAGAUGGUGAAGCACAAGCAGCAAAAGCAGGAGGACAGAAAGAAGAGAAGAAGGAACAGAAAACAAAAGUGAACUGGAGGGACUGGGUGAUUGAUCCCUCUGAAGAGUUUUACUAUGGCUGGUUGCAGGUCAUGAUCUUUCCCAUCAUCUACAACUGGGUUGUUAUUAUCCUCAGGGUCUGUUUUUAUGAAGUUGACCAGACAUUUCAGGCCGUGUGGUACACCUUAGACUACAUCUCUGAUCUGGUCUUUGUGGCUGACAUAUUCAUCAAGGUCCGAACUGGGUUUUUGGAGCAGGGCAGCCUAGUGCGAGAUAUGUCACGGCUAAAAAAACGCUACCUGCACUCCUCUCAGUUCUUGUGGGAUGUGCUGUCACAGCUGCCCACUGAUCUGCUCUAUUUGAAUGAUUUUGUCAAGACUCCUGUGGUGCGGAUAAACCGGUUCCUUCGCUCACCUCGCCUCUCUGAGGCCUUAGACCGCAUGGAGACACGUACCUCCUACCCCAACAUAUUCCGCAUAUCAAAACUAAUGAUCCUCAUCUUUAUCCUCAUCCACUGGAAUGCAUGCCUCUAUUUUGCCCUCUCAAAACAUAUUGGCUUUGGAACUGAUGAGUGGGUCUACCCUGACAUAACAGACAGUGAGUUUAAUUCCACACGCCGUCAGUACUUCUACUCCUUCUGGUUUUCCACUCUGAUCCUCACCACAGUGGGAGACACUCCUCAGCCAUGUCGUGAAGAGGAGUUCCUCUUCAUGAUUGCUGACCUGUUGAUUGCAGUGCUAGUGUUUGCUUCUGUGGUGGGAAGCGUAGGGAAUGUAAUAAUGAACCUGCGUGACAGGGACAAUGUCUUUUUCCCCAAUCACGAGCUGGUAAAAAGCUACUUGCGCAGCCGGCGAAUCAGCAAAGCACUCCACAACCGUGUCAACACCUGGUACCAACAUCUCCAUAUCAACAAGAAGAUCACCCAGGAAAAUGAAAUCCUCCAGCAGCUACCAGUCACACUGCAGACAGCCAUUGCUGUGAGCGUGCACCUACCCACUCUAUCCAAGGUUACCAUCUUCCAGAACUGUGAGAGCAGCCUGCUGGAGGAACUGGUGCUCAAGCUCACCCCACAGGUCUACAGCCCUGGAGAGUAUGUGUGUAGGAAAGGUGAUGUAGGGCAUGAGAUGUACAUCAUUAAAGAGGGGAAGUUGGCUGUGGUGGCAGAUGAUGGUGUCACUCAGUUUGCUGUACUGGGUGAAGGCAACUUCUUUGGAGAGAUCAGCAUCCUCAACAUAAAAGGCAACAAAUCAGGUAAUCGGCGCACAGCCAACAUCUGCAGCAUUGGUUACUCCGACCUUUUCAGCCUGUCCAAGGAGGACCUGACAGAGACUCUGUCUGAGUUCCCAGCUGCCAAGCGCCUUUUGGAGGAAAAGGGACGCCAGAUCCUCACCAAGAUGGGAAUGUUAGAGAUUUCAGAUGAAGGCGAGGAGGAAAAGGAGAAGAUGGAGGACAAAGUGGUGCGCAUCGAUUCUAGCCUGGAGACACUACAGACCAAGUUGGCACGGUUGAUGGUUGAACUGGAAUCUAGCGUCCGCAAGAUGAUGAGUCGUGUGGAGCAGCUGGAACUGCAGACCGAUGGCUGGGAGGGCAUUGUGGCAGAGGGGGCUGGGAGCGAAACUGAGGAUGACCCCGAGAGAAUGAGGGAGGUUGGGGAUGGUGAGGGAGAGCAAGAGGAGGAACCACAAGGAGAGAGGGGUGAGGGGGAUGGAGGGGAGGAAGAUAAGGUUAAGGAGAAAGAGGUAAAACAGAAGUGAGGAUAGCAAUAUACUGAGGAAAAUGAAAAGAAGACAUGUAUUAAGACAGGCAGAUAGAAGCAGGAUAAAAUAUAUAAAUUAUUUACUGGCUAUUUCACCAGAUGAUGUCAAGUCAAUAGAUUAGAAAAGAGGAAUGUCCCACAAGAAAAUUGACACUUCCUCUGUUGAGAUCCAAGACACUUACUGAUGUUAUACAGAUAAAGCAAAACAGUGCAGCUACAAAGCUUCUCAUUAUGAUGCUUAAAAUAUCCUGCCAAAUGUAUCCACCUCUAUUCAACACAAGGUGGCAGCAGCUGAGCAUGAGCGCACAGGCAGUGACAUUCAAGUCAUGAUACAGAUAAUUCCCUCUUGAGUAAGUGCAGUUGAUAUGACCUGUGAAUUGGCACUAUACUGUAAAGUCACUAUGUGUGAAUGCACUAAGUACCAUGUCAGCAUAAUCUAAAGACCUAAUUAGAUUACAGUGUCAGAUUAAUCUUAAACCUAAUUAACUGCACUAGUGUCUUAAAAUGACUGUGGAUUUUUUUUUUUUGCCGAUUCCCUAGAAUUCUCUUUUAAACAUCAAUCUGAUAAAGUAAGUCCAGUGCAAAGAAAAACAGAAAACAAUUAAAUAUUGAAAAACCUUUUUAUGUUAAUAAAAAUGGUCAAAUGUUUGGAAAUUUGAUGCAGAUCCUAUCCCAGGAACAAUGGGAGCAAGGCAGAGAUCACCCGGCAGGUGACGACAUAAUAUAAUUGCAAACACAAACAUGACACUGACUGUGUCAUGCUUGUGUUUGACUGCAAUAGUCAAUAUUUUUUCAAUAUUUUUCAUUUCUUACUAGUAUGAAUUAUGUGGAAAAUUAUGUAGAAAUGUUUAAAAAAAAAGUUUAAGCCAUUGUCUCAGAACAUGUGUAUUAUCUAUGUUUGAAUCUAUGAAAUGUUUGUUUAUAUUAGAAUUGGCCUCUUGUCAGUCAUUUUAUAGACCCCCUCCCCCCCCCAACCCUCUUCACAACCUCCUAAAUCAUUAUGAGGAGAAGUUGCAUGUUUAUACUGUUGUAAACUUGUCUGUCAAGCAGUAGAUUAUUUGAGUGAGCUUGAAAGUGAUAUCUUGACAGUUCUUGCUACUGGUAAUUCUAGUUAGCAUGGUAACUCUAUUUGAACCACUGUAAGUGUGGGGGCGGGGCUUUGUGUACAUGGGUGGAAAUAGGGGUGGGCUCAAUGAGUCAGAAAAAUCUUGCAAAUCUUAUUCAACUCCACCCAUUUUACACUCAAUGUUUUUUUUUGUUUGUUUGUUGUUUGCACCAUUCUGUGUAGAGACUGUUGUCACAUGAUUGGCUGAUUGGAUGACUGCAUAAAUGAGCAGGUGUACAGGUAUUCCUAUUAAAG